CUGGCGGGGAACGCCGCCCGCGACAACAAGAAGACGCGGAUCAUCCCCCGGCACCUGCAGCUGGCCGUGCGAAACGACGAGGAGCUCAACAAGCUGCUGGGCGGCGUGACCAUCGCGCAGGGUGGGGUGCUGCCCAACAUCCAGGCUGUGCUGCUGCCCAAGAAGAGCGAGAGCCAUAAGGCCAAGGGCAAGUAA